AGGUUUGGUUGCUUUGGAGUACAGCUUCAAGUGAAGUUAAUCUGAGGUGAAGCAAACAGAAAAUUGUGGAGGUUUUGUUGCCCGAGCAGCAGCAGGACAGACAGCCUGACAUAGGGACCUGGGGACUGCUACCCAGAGAGGACCACAAAACACCCUCAGUGCUGUAGGCACCUAAGCCAGAAAGCACCCUAUGCUUUUAUCAGCGUGUGCAACAGACGAACAUGGCUCAAGAAACUAAUCACAGCCAAGUGCCUAUGCUUUGUUCCACUGGCUGCGGAUUCUAUGGAAACCCUCGUACGAAUGGCAUGUGUUCAGUAUGCUACAAAGAGCAUCUUCAAAGACAGAAUAGUAGUAAUGGUAGAAUAAGCCCGCCUGAUAAGGUGUCGGACUGCCCAGAGUACAGAGUCACUAAUGUGAAACGUGGUCCUGUUACAGCGACUUCUGUCAGUAGUCUGUCUGAGUCUUUACCUGUUCAGUGCACAGACGGCGGUGUCCCAGGUGUCCCAGCAGCUCAGUCAGCGGGAGACUCCACAUCUUCAUCUCUGCAGCCGAGCCCUGUAUCAAAUCAGUCACUUUUAUCAGAAUCUGUAGCAUCUUCCCAAGUGGACAGUACAUCUGUGGACAAAGCAAUACCUGAAACAGAAGACCUGCAAGCUUCAGUAUCAGAUACGGCACAGCAGCCAUCUGAAGAGCAAGGCAAGUCUCUUGAAAAACCAAAACAAAAAAAGAAUCGCUGUUUCAUGUGCAGGAAGAAAGUGGGACUUACUGGGUUUGAAUGCCGAUGUGGAAAUGUUUACUGCGGUGUACACCGUUACUCAGAUGUACACAAUUGCUCUUACAAUUACAAAGCCGAUGCUGCUGAGAAAAUCAGAAAAGAAAAUCCAGUAGUUGUUGGAGAAAAGAUCCAGAAGAUUUGAACUCCUGCUGGAAUACAAAAUCCUUUGACCAUCUGCAAACUAAAAAUUGACUUGAGGUUUUUUUCCUAGUCAUUGGGAAUGUAGAGCAUUGUAUCUUGCAUAGUCCUUUUAAUCAUGCAUGUCAUCAGAAGAAUAGAUUUUUGUUUUUGUUUUGAAAAUGACUCUGAACUUUUAUUUCCAUUGCAGUUUCUGUGGCUGAAAAGACUUACGUAAACUUUACAAGUAUUAUCCUUUUAAGAUCAUUUUAAUUUUAGUUGAGUGCAGAGGGCUUUUUUGACAAACGUGGAGAGAUUUUGGAGGGCUGUGAUUUUUUCCAGUAUUAAACAUGCAUGCGUUAAUCUUGCAGUUUAUUUUCUCAUUGUGUAUGUAUAUAUAGCUUUUCUCUGCAGCACGAUUUCUCUUUUGAAAAUGCCCUCUGGGGCACAACUAGUUAUCAGUAACUGAAUGUAUUUUAAUCAUUAUGGCUGCUUCUGUUUUUUCAUUAACAAAGGUUAUACAUAUGUUAGCAUAUAGUUUCUUUGCACCCACUAUUUAUGUCUGAAUCAUUCGUCAAAGGAGAGUGUGUGCUGAUGAGAUUCUAAGUUUGCGUGUUUUUAAAUUUUUUUUUUUUUUUUUUGAGCGAGGGAAGGAAAAGCUGUAUGCAUUUCAUUGCUGACUGCAGGUUUCUUUCAGAUUACGUUCAUCCGUCUGUGUGUAUACAAUAUGAAGAAUGAUCUGAAGUAAUUGUGCUGUAUUUAUGUUUAUCCACCAGUCUUUGAUUAAAUAAAAAGGAAAACGUGACA